GUUUUUUUUUUUCGUACCACAAUCUUGUCGUGUGAUUGAUUCUUUGUCGUCGUCUCCGUCGAACUUGUCCGACCAAGUCUUAGAGAGUGACGAGUAUCCGAUCGAAGAAUGAGUACUGCGUCGGCUUUUAGUUCAAUCUGCUUCGAACGAGGAUGCUGGUUCAAGGGGGAAAAGAAGAUUCGUGUAGCAGACAAGCGAGUCAAUAAGCUUACUUUGGGAUCCCAUGUGGCUUCUUUAUCUUCAAAGAGCUUCAGAGUUUCAGCCAAUAGCUCUGCUAAACCAGAAAAGGAUAUUCGGAUUGGUCUUCUUGGUGCUAGUGGCUACACUGGUGCAGAGAUCGUCAGGCUUCUUGCGAAUCAUCCGCAUUUCCAGGUCACUCUGAUGACUGCCGAUAGAAAAGCUGGCCAGUCAAUGGAAAGUGUUUUCCCGCACCUGAGAGCUCAAAAACUACCUAGUUUGAUCUCAGUAAAGGAUGCAGAUUUUUCUACUGUGGAUGCUGUAUUCUGCUGUUUGCCUCAUGGAACAACCCAGGAAAUUAUCAAGGAACUGCCCAGUGCAUUAAAAAUUGUUGACCUUUCAGCGGACUUCCGGCUGCGUAAUAUCUCAGAAUAUGAAGAAUGGUAUGGUCAGCCACACAAGGCAGUAGAGUUACAGAAAGAAGUUGUGUAUGGUCUAACAGAGAUUCUAAGGGAGGACAUUAGAAAGGCGCGCCUUGUAGCUAACCCUGGCUGUUACCCUACUACGAUUCAACUUCCUCUUGUUCCUUUAAUGAAGGCAAAGCUCAUCAAACAUGAAAACAUUAUUAUUGACGCUAAAUCUGGUGUUAGUGGAGCAGGACGUGGUGCUAAGGAGGCGAAUCUUUACUCUGAGAUAGCUGAAGGCAUUUCUUCUUAUGGUGUCACACGACAUCGCCAUGUUCCUGAAAUUGAACAGGGAUUAUCUGAUGUUGCACAAUCACAAGUAACAGUCAGUUUUACGCCGCAUCUCAUGCCAAUGAUCCGCGGAAUGCAAUCAACUAUAUAUGUGGAAAUGGCUCCCGGGGUUACAACCAAAGACUUACACCAGCAAUUGAGGACCUCUUAUGAGGAAGAAGAAUUUGUCAAAGUGUUGGAUGAAGGUGUUGUUCCUCGGACACACAAUGUUAGAGGAUCCAACUAUUGUCAUAUGAGUGUCUUUCCUGAUCGAAUUCCCGGAAGAGCUAUCAUAAUCUCAGUGAUUGAUAAUCUCGUGAAAGGAGCUUCAGGACAAGCGUUGCAGAAUCUUAACAUAAUGUUGGGAUAUCCCGAAACAACAGGACUUCUACAGCAGCCACUUUUCCCUUAAGAUAUUCCAAAUUCCGCCUUUAAAACGAUGACGAACCUGAAGCUGUAGGGACGGCAUUGUUGAGCAUAAAGAGGGUUAUGUGAUUCAUUAUAAAGACCAAAAAGCUCUCUUGCCAUUUACAAACAAAUGGUUUUGUUGUAUGUUAAUUAUGUUGAACAGUAACCUUUUCUCUUGUUUAAUCUCUAUUGUCUUUUCCGAAAUUAAGUUUUCGUUUUUUAGUUAGAGAAUAAUUUUACA